AUGGAGCUAGCAGAAUCAGAAAGUGACGAGGAAAAUCGCUGUGAGCUAGAAGUUGGCGCUGAGACCUUGGGAAAUCUGCGAUUCGAAAUUGUGAAAGCUCAGGAAAUGCUGGAGAAGGUAAACUAUCAUUUUGACAGCGUUGGCGGCAACCGAAACAACGGAGGCAGUGGAUACGAAAAUGCGAUGCGUCGAGACAACGGUGGCAGAGGAGGCGAAAAAGCGCAGGGGCAAAACAGCGCAGGCAGAGGAGACGCAAUCGCGAUGCAACGAAAUAACGGCGGCGGAGACAGCGGCGACCGAGACGGCGGCGGCAGAAACGGCAGCGGGAGAGACGGCGGCGGGAGAGAAAGCGGUGGCAGAGAAGGCGAUGGCGACAGAGGCAGUGGCAGUGGCAGAGGCGUCGGCAGCGUCGGUUAUGACGAAAUAGCGUCGGAGAAUGGUGGUUUUUCGUCACCGGGAUUCAACAUGGCUAAGGAAAUGCUGAUGGAUAAAGUGGAUGUUCGAUCAUGGAUCGCUCAAUGA